AUGGCGCCCAAGAUUCAGCCCAAUGCACAGAAGGCUGCCACGAUCCUUGCCUGGUUCCAUAGGACUGCACAGGCACAUAGCAUCAAGGAUCUCGAGAAGGUGUUGCCACAAGUGUCAUCAAUCAGUGGCAUGCAUGUAAAAGACUACCUACAGGCUCUCUCAGACGACAGCAAGAUCCGCGUCGAGAAAAUCGGGAGCGGCAACUGGUAUUGGAGCUUUCCAAGCGACGAGAAAAAGGCAAAAGACACUGCGCUAGCGAAGGUCCUGGAAGAAAACAACAAAGCUAGCGCUGUGGUUGCUGAACUACGAUGGAAAAUUGAGGAAGCAGGCGCUGCACGUACCGAUAAUGCCGACAUGCUUAUGGACCCUGGCGAGGAUCGCGCAACACUCAUGGCCAAGCAUACGGAUCUUCAAAAGGAUAUUGAAAAGCUUCGACACGAGCUGAAUGCGUACAGCGAGCAGGACCCUGUCGAGAUGGAGAAGAAGGUCAUGGAAACAACACAACUGCGCGAAGAUGUUGGCAAGUUUUCUGAUCAAAUAUUGACCAUGGAAGCCUGGCUCAAUGCACAGUUGGGGGGUGGGGACCGCGAACAAGUGCUGAACGUGCUAAAGAUGCUUUACGUAGAUGAGUAUGAUGAAGAGGAUCAGAGCCUCCGUGAGGAAUUCUUGUUGACAGUUACUGUUCGUGCUACUGUUGCGGUUUGUGCCGGGGCCGACUUCAGCCUCAUUGUCUGCCGCUCCGCAACACAACCCCGCCAUUUUUCUUGUCACUGGGCUACACGAAAUACAUCAAGUCAACAACCGCACCCCACCAUGACAACUACGGCAGACCUCGUUGCCGGUAUCGGUGCCUCGCAGGAGACUAGAGAGAGCGGACAGAAUUCAGCUCGUCGUGGACCGGCUGGAAGAGGCCGGGGCCGGGGCGCGCAUUCGAAUACUAUGCCUGGGGAAAGCAUGGAGCAGCACAGCAGCAGCUCCAGGGCUCGGGGGCGCGGCAGCUCUCGCCCUCGUGGACGUGGUCGCGGCCGCGGGAAUGUGGAUGGAGCCGACGGUCGUAACGAACGUGUCGAGAACAAGGGCAAAGCACCCUUGGCUGAUCAGGGCGGGCCAGUUCAAGUGGCUCAUAAUAAGCCAGGUCUGCAUCAGCAAUCCGCUGCGGAGGGUGCGGGCGACGACGAGGACGCGGAAGUUUGCUUCAUCUGUGCCUCACCGGUACAACACACUGCAGUGGCGCCCUGCAAUCACCGGACGUGUCACAUAUGCUCCAUUCGGAUGAGAGCACUGUACAAGACCAAGGCAUGUGCACACUGCAGGACCGAGUCAGAUCAUGUUAUCCUUACAGAUGACCACGAGAAACUGUACGAGCAGUUUGAUGCAACUGAUUUCUUCAAGUCAGACGACAACCUAGGCAUACAUUUCGAUAACGAGGGCGUGUUCGACGACACACGCUUGCUGUUGCAAUACAACUGUCCUGAUGGCGAUUGCGAUGUGGCUUGCUUAGGAUGGCCAGACCUCCAUCGCCACGUCAAAACGGCGCAUCAUAAAGUCAUGUGUGAUCUCUGUACACGAAAUAAGAAAGUCUUCACACAUGAACACGAGCUCUUCACCGCUGUCGAGCUUCGACAGCAUCAAAGAUCUGGUGAUGACGACCCUGGCGCCGUGGACCAAAGUGGUUUCAAGGGUCACCCGGAAUGCGGCUUCUGUUCGCAGCGAUUCUACGGGGACGAUGAGUUGUAUACACAUUGCAGAGACAAGCAUGAGCGUUGUCACAUCUGCGAUCGUCGCGAAGGGAGUAGGAAGCAGCAGUAUUAUGUCAAUUACGACUCGCUCGAAAUGCACUUCAGGAAGGAUCAUUUCCUGUGCCCUGAUCGGGAAUGUCUAGAGAAGAAGUUCGUAGUUUUUGAUUCAGAAAUGGAUCUGAAGGCCCAUCAGCUCGAAGUCCACCCCAACGGCUUGUCCAAGGAUGCCUUGCGCGACGCCCGCCGGGUGGAUAUGUCUGGAUUUCAAUUUCGAACUUCGCGCGAGCAAGAGAUGGGUAACAACAGAAGAGACGAUCGUAGACGAGAGAAUGGCAGGGGACGUGGCAGAGGACGCGAUCCAAACGCAGAACCAAUACCCGCUUCUUCUGCCCAGCCAAUGAGUAGGGCAGAACUUGCGUACCAACGACAGAUUGAGGCACAGAAUUCACGUCCGAUAACAGGUCGGACUUUUGGAGGCCAGUUGACGGCAACUCCUACUCCAGGCGAGGCAUUUGCUGCGCGAGCUCCAAGAACCGCCACCGAAACCAGCACUGUGACAGCAUCUCGACCAACACCAACCAAUGCAAGCAACAUCACCCAUGGCCUGGGUCAGCUUAGUAUUGGCCAGCCAGUGGCAAGUUCAACUCCACAGACGCCCCAAGAACAGGCUCGACUUUUACGCCACAAUGCCGUUACCGAGCGAGCGACAAUGAUGCUUCGAAACAACGAAGCGAAGCUGCAAGAGUUCCGAAGUCAAGUAUCGGCGUAUCGCGCGUCAAAGAUUUCGGCGACCCAACUGAUUGAAGGCUUCUUCGCGUUAUUCGACACCAACUCCAAGGAGAUGGGCAAGCUCAUCAAGGAACUGGCGGAUAUAUUUGAGAUUGCAUCGAAACGUGAGGGACUCUUGAAAGCAUGGAACGAUUGGAAAGCCAUCAACGAGGAUUACCCUUCGCUGCCAGGCUCGGCAACAGGGCAGGCACUGAAUGGCGGUGCUGCGGCCCACGGGGGAUCUAGAGUGUUGAAGUUGAAGAGUUCAACAGCACAAUCAUCCCGCUCCUCUGCGAAUCGUCAGGCGAGCUGGUCGUCGAGUAGCGCCUUCCCCGCGCUACCAGCACCGCAAUCAGGCCGGAUUGGAGCGAAGCCGGGUCACACGCCGUGGUCGUCGUCGUCGUCGUCUUCUGCCGCCGCCGCCAGCACUCGCGCAACUGCUGCGCCAUCUCGGGUCGGGCCCUCAAGCAAUGCAAGCAAGGUUGGCAGCUCCUCGGACGCCUUUCCCGCUCUACCGGCUGCACCCAAGCCCACUAGCACCAUUUUCAGCCCAGGUUACACGGGAUCAGGACUGAGGCGAGAUACCAGCGGGCGCAAUACGCCAAUCAACAAUGCCUGGGGCGGGGGCUCAAGCGCAAACAGUGGAGCGACGACUCCCACGGUAGAAGAGUCUAGUGGGGCGGGCAAGAAGAAGAACAAGAACAAGAAACAGACGUUGUUCCAAUGGGGCUGA